AUGUCUGACCCGCUCCUCUUCGAAGACACUUUCACGAUCACCGCGAUCAACUCGCAAAAAUACGACCGCGUCUCUCGCUUGACUUGCACCUCGUCUGACUCCUUCACAACUUUCACGCUCGAUGUUAACACCGAGCUGUACCCCUGCGCUGUCGGAGAGUCGCUCUCUAUGGCGCUAGCAUCGACACUGUCGCUUGACGGAAAGGAGGAUAGCAAGGCCUCUUGGAGAGAGGUUGGUAUGGGCGAGCAGACGCUGGCGAAUGAUUAUGAUUAUGUUUGCCAUGGAAAGGCUUAUCGAUUUGAGGAGGGGAGUUCCCAGGGCAAUAUGGCCGUUUUUAUCUCCUUUGGUGGACUCCUACUUUAUCUUGAGGGACCUUACAAGAAGCUUGCUCCUCUCAGAGUUGACUAUGUGUAUCUGCUUUUGAAGAAAUGA